AUGUUUAACGUUCGAAGCCUUCCUUUAUUGUUUCUAUGCACUUGUCUAUUUGCCUUUCAGCUGCCGGGUGUUUAUGAUACGAAGGACAAACAGGAAUUUUCAAACAGAAAAGACUUGCCACAGAAAGAUGAGAAGAUGACGCCCAGUAUAAACUAUCUCAAUUCAACGAAUAGUAACAGGGACACUAAGAAGACUAGUGGUACACUAGCAAGAAAAAAACGAUUAGAACUUUCCAUUGAGGGUGUUCGCUGUGACAAAUCCAUUCAGCACAGCCUGGCCAUUGCAUUGGGUGUGGUCAUAUUAAUAUUUUUCUUCUUUCUAAUGAUUCUGAUUUACUGGUGCCGUCGUAGGGUACCUCGAUGGAAAAACGAGAAAGAAGAAUGGGACCAACUACUGAAGGAUCGACUGGAAGAUGAUUAUCGAAGAAAAAUGUAUGCGCCACCCUUACCUCCGCGGAAUAAUGUUUAUUCACCGAAACUCUCUAAGCAAGUAUCUUCAAAUGACAACUCCCCUAAGUACAUCAGCUUAACCGACAUCAGGAAAUACCUGGACAGCACGGAUGCCAAAGAAAGCAAAAAGAAGCCAAAAGAUUCAGUGACUCCCUCGAAUGGGAACGAGAAAGAGAAAUCCGAGAAUUUGACUGGAGACAAUUCACUUCAGCGAGCGGAAAAUGCACAAAAAGAAACCCGAUCUAAAACGAAUACUGACCCCAAUUCAAGUGCAGCGACAAUGUCCGGAGGGUAUUACUUCAAAAAUUUUGAUCCGGAAACAGAGUUGAAAUUAAGAACAUCUGAAUAUCUAAGUUGCGAUGAGAAUCUAGAAAACAUGGCUAUAAAUUCAAGGAAAGUUCAUCGUGCAUCUCGAGAGCAUCACUCGAGGAGUAGGCGUUUGUCAAUAGAUAGCAAAUCGUCCGGCGGGAAACCUCGUUCUGAAAAUUUCCCGCUCUUUUCCGAGUUUUCAGACGACCCUAAAGAACGUUUACUCGAUGAAGGAAGAAACAGUUAG